CUCGUGCGGGAAUCGAACCCGCGCCACAGAAUUACGAGUCCUGCGCACUAUCCACCAGGCUACGAGGCCCCUAUAAGCAACAUGUAGUUACACUACGAACUAUGUAAACAACUAAUUAUGGUGAUUAGACUGUCCUCGUUCUUCGACCUGGGUGAAACUAUUGAAACCUUACCAUGAUAUAUAUAUAUGGCUCAUAAACCAUCUUUUUCUUUACUUUCCGAAAAUAAUAUUUUUCAAAAUGUAAAUCAUCUGUGGGCAAAUAAAAAAAUGCUGCUUCUGAGUUAUGUUAAUUAAAUUUGGAAUUUAAACUUCAAUAAUAUAUGAAACUAGCACACAUAUAUAUAUAUAUUUUUAAAGUGGUUUAAGAGUAAUAUCAUAAUAUUUUAAUCUGAAACAAUAUUAAUUUUUUUAGGAUUUCUAAUAAGAAAUAUCUUAACAUCUCAAACUUACAUAUUAUUUAUUUAAAAAUAUAUAUAAUGAGAUAUAUCUUAACAUCUCAAUCUUACCUAACAUAUAUUUAAGAAAAAAUAUAUUGAUAUAUGUUUUAUAAUCUCAAAUUUACACAAUAUUAAAAAGAGUUAAUGAUCUCUGAUGAAUUCAAUAUCAUAUUGAAUGCAGUAAAGCAGAUAGUUUGGUACUUAAUGUGGAAUACAUUAAAUUUAGUGUUUAAAAAUAACGCAAUGGUUCCAUCAAAUGAAAGAAGUGGAUCCACAAGAUGAAAUCAUUAGAGCCAUGAGAAGAAAGCAGUCGUAUCAUACAACGAAAGAAGUAGAACCAUGACAUGAGUAUAGCAGUAAAGGAAGCCAUAUAUGUAGAAAAUGAAAGCUGCAGUGUCGUAAAUUCGGUUAUGACAAUGAAUGAAAAAAGAAUGAAAAAAGACCACGAAGGAAGGAAGCCCUUCCCUGAUUCCUAAUGAGAAAAAUAUUUUACCAUAAAAUCUUUUUCGGUGAAUGUAGUAUAUAUAUAUUGCAAAAAAUGAAUUCAUUUCAAAGAAUGAACCAUUAAGAAUGAAGGCAUGAAUCCUCUUUGUAUCACCAUAUUGACAAAAACAAUACCUCGGUGAAUGUGAAUGCAGUGAAUGAAGUGCUUCGGAGAAAGCAAUAGCACAUUGAAUGUUGUGAUACAGUGAAAGAUGGUGGAACAGUGAAACCCAAAGUACAGAGAAGUCAGGGGGUACAAUUAAGGUGUUUGUUAGUGAAAGAAGUGGAAUAAUGAAUGCUCUAAUAGUUCCGACACUAGUCUACUGAAAGCAGUGAUUCAAUGAAAGCAGCGAGAUACAUUUUAUUAAGGAGCAAGAUAGCAAUGGGAGUAUUGCAGUGAAAGAAGUGGUAGAAUGAAGGCAGUGAUGCUUUGAAUUCAGUGUUACAGUGAAAGCAGUGAUUCUUUGCACUCGGUGUUACAGUGAAGGCAGUGGUACAGUGAAAACUAACACGAACUUCAUGAAACCGCCCUUACUGAGAAUUGCAUUACUCCUGUCAGUGUCUCACUCUAUGUUACGGUGAAAUAUAUGUUUGACGUCACUGUUAAUACGUACUGUGUACAGUGAAGGACCUGUAGAACACCUUAAUUAACGAAAUAAUGCAAAAUCUUUCGUUGCAAAUUGCAAACACUCAACACUAUUCAAGAUAUUCUAACCACUGCUUUUCGUGAUUAGCGUAAUAGCUUUCGCGUACCAUGGAGUGAAAGUGUGGAGUGAAUUGAGUGAAACGUUCUGGGAGUGAAAGCCUGAAACAUCGUUAUCAGCUGUGGGCCAAUAGGAUAACAGCAUUGCCAUGACGUCAUUCGUAACAGCGGCUGCUUCGCCAAUGAGGAUUCUCUACGUAUCUUCAGUUUUUAUUUCCUUCCUACGUUCAGGUUCAGCAGUGGGGUUCCAGCGAUUCUUGGUGACUCCAGAGAGUGUAGAGGUGAUGGAAGGAGCAGAUGUCUUCCUCCGCUGCAUUGUGGAGAACCAGCAAGGCAAAGCGCAGUGGACUAAAGAUGGCUUCGCUCUAGGGUUUGAGCGCCAGGUACCUGGGUAUCCUCGCUACAGCUACUCAGGUGACCCGGCACUAGGUCAACAUCACCUGGUGAUCAGUGGUAUCACCAUCACUGAGGACGGAGAGUACCAGUGUCAAGUUGGUCCCACCCAGACCAACCCGCCCAUCUGGGCGGCUGCCAAUGUUACUGUGCUGGUGGCUCCGAGGAGUGUGGAGUUCUCAGGGUGGAGGGACGGGUCAGUAGUGGAGGUGGUGGCUGGCUCCUCCAUCACACUGGAGUGUCUGGUUAAGGACGCUCGGCCAGCACCAACAGUUUGGUGGUACAGAGACGGUCUGCAGUUGGACCAAGGGCUGGUGGAGGAGAGGGUGGAGGCGUCGUCUCUGGUGCGUCGUUGGAGCGUCAGGAGCCGGAUAGCGUUGACGGCGUCGCCAGAGGACGACGGCAAGUUGUUUACUUGUGAGGCAGACCAUCCGGCUCUGAGGGGGAGCUCCGACCCCUUGCUGGCCUCCAUCACCCUCUCCGUCCUCCACCAACCUGGACCGCCCACCAUCAGCGGCUACAAGACAGGAGAAGUCCUCGUAGCAGGAGAGAGAAGGACCCUAGUGUGCCGGGUGUCAGGGGGCAACCCGCGCCCCUGGGUCACGUGGCACCGUCAGGGACUUCUGUUGGAUGACACAACCACCUCAGACGCCGCAGGGGUCAUCAACACCCACCAACUGACAGCCACCGCUGCUGACGACGGCGCCAUCUAUGAGUGUAGAGUCAACAGUGACCUCCUUCAGGAGCCCAUGGUGGCCAAUGUCUCUCUCACUGUGUACUAUGUUCCCUCAUUCGUUAGCCUGAUAGGACCUACGCAGGUGGAAGAAGGGGCGUCCAUCUCUCUUACUUGUGAGACGAGCAAGUCUAAUCCUCCGGUCUCUAUCAUCUGGAGAGUGCAAGGAGAAACAGUUACCGGUGAGCCUGAGACAAUGGUGAGAGUGAGCACAGGAGGAUGGGUCACCACUUCACAACUCACUCACCACAAGGUCAGGUCACGUAAGGUCACGGAGGUGGUGGUGGAGUGCCGUGCCCUCAACCCGGCUAUAGAGCAGAUAGUCUCCAAGACCCGAAUCGUCGCUAUUACCAAACCCGCCGGACCGCCUAGAUUCGAGGGUGACCUUGAACGGAACUUCCUCGCUGGAACGACCCUUGACCUUGUCUGCUCCAGCAUUGGAGGUCAUCCACCUCCCACAAUCAGGAUCUACAAGGAAGAGGAGGAGGUGCCGACGGAGGUGACAAGGGAGUUGAAUGUUACGCGUGGAAGGGGUUCGGUGGGACUGACGCCGGCGGAUAAUGGCGCCAGAGUGACCUGUGAAGUCGCUAAUGCUGGUAGCACUAGUGCCCCACUAACAGCCUCCGCCAGGCUUGUUGUUCGCUUUGCUCCGUGGGAGGUGUCAGGCUCCGUCACCCCCACCACAGUAGAGGAAGGAGCCAUAGUGAGGCUCUCCUGUGAGUCCUCCUCCAGCCUCCCGCCCUCCAACAUCACCUGGAGGUCUGAGGACGUCACCCUAAACGGUGCUACCAUUACCAACGCCCAGGGGGCCUUCGGAGGCACCAGCACUAGGUCUGAGGUGCAGGUGAGGACAACGGCAGGGCACAACGGCAGGAAGUUCGUGUGUGAAGCUAGCAACGGGCUUGGACCUCCCGUUCACACUACACUCACCACUCAUGUUCUUCACCCUCCUGUGUGGUUGUCGCGGCCGCCGCCAGAGGUCGACGUGUACGAGGGCGCUGACCUGAUAGUGUCUGCCUCAGCUGCUGCCAACCCCGGACCUCUAAGAUACUGGUGGCGACGCGGUGAGGAGACGCUAAUGGGGACGGGCCAGGAGUUACAACUCGGCAGAAUUAGCCGUCAUAAUACCGGCCAUUACUCCGUCAGCGCCUAUAGCCAGCGAGGAGCAGUUAAUGCUUCUUUUUAUCUCAAUGUCCAAUACGGACCGGAAAAGGUGGAAUCGAGUGAUCGCGUGAGUGUGGAAGAGAAUGGAAGGGUGAGCAUCCAGUGUUCUGCCAGUGGUAACCCUGUUCCACAUCUCACAUGGACCAGAGAACCAAGCAACACCCACAACAGUUCUGGGGCGCCCCUGGCCUCGGGCGUGGGCGUGGCGAGGCUGGUGAUGGAGUCAGCGAGACGGGCGGACACGGGCGUGUAUCUGUGUCACGCCCGUAACGUCGUGGGGUCAGCGCCCCCUACCAGGACUUACGUGGUGGUGGCCCAGAAGGUGACAGCAGCCACUGAUGUCCAAGGAUUGCGAGGAUCGUGGGCGGCUGUGGGCGGGAUUGGGCGGCUGGUGUGUCACGUAAGGGCCGCCCCUCCGCCCACAUUCGUCUGGAGUAGCCAGAGUGGACUCAUCCUCCUCAAUAGUGACAAAUACACUAUCCACGAGCCUCAGCUGGUGGACGGGUUGGUGCUAUGGUCGUCUGUGUUGGAGGUGAAAAACAUUAACACACAGGACUACACCCUCUACCGGUGUCACGCCCACAACGCCCACGGCUCCGACUCGGUGGUAGUGGCCCUCAACCCGCCCUCACGCCCACACCCACCUGUCAACUUUACCAUAAACAAGAUGGUAGGAGGGGAGGUGUGGGUGUCAUGGGCACCUAACCUUGAGGGCGGCGCCCCUAGCGGCUACACCCUGAGGUAUAGGCCAGCCGGGUCUUCUGUGUAUCAAUACGUGGAGGUGUCUGGAGGAGGGACGACGACGGCCAGGGUGACGGGACUGGCACCGGCUACGGAGUACACAGCCGCCAUUCAGGCCACCAACGACCACGGCAGAUCCCACUUCGUGUCCCUCUCCUUCUUCACUUUGCUUGGAAAAACCGACGGUCCGACUAGUCUCCAAGGCCUGGCAGGCGCCACUAGCAAGCUGCCGACGGGGACCUUAGCGGCCAAACCUGCCGAAGGCGCUGACAAUCUCAGUGACGAGGAUAGGGAUGAGGAUGGUGGUUCCAGGGUGCCUCGUCUCAUCCUCCUUAUUAUGACCCUCACGGGCGCGGCUCUCCUAGCCCUCAACAUCUCCAUCAUCGCUUGUUUCGUCAGACGAAGGGCUAUGAACAGGCACCCUUCUGGGGCGUCCUCAUCCAAGACGGCUUCACUGGGGACCUUCGGAGUCACACCAGCUUCUACUCCGGGCGUCCACCCUAGCGAAGUCUUCCUCUCCCUCAAUACCAUGUCCUCCAACGACCCUUCUCUCUCACCCUCAGAGUAUCAGAACGGCGAGAGACCGCAUCACGCAGGCGAUGAAGCUGUACAACGCCCCGUCGAAGCUGACUCUCCGUCGUCCAACAGAACCGCGUCGCCUGCGGAGGCCGAAGCGUCGCAUUUCGAUCACGACUUGGUCAAUUUCCCCACCGAGCCGGAUGUGUGUUCUUUAGGGUCGAGUGUGUACGACAAUGUUCCUCCAGAUGGCCCUCGGAGGAGGAGGACGAGUUCCGACACCUAUCCGGCCGACGACCAGUUCUCUCUCUGCUCCGACCGCAGCACCAACUCCCACCACGUCUAUUCCCAAGGCUUCCUCCGUCCAUUGUCCUCACUGGGAGGCGUUCAGCAGCCGCAGCAGGCGACGCCGCAGCUGAUUCAAGACACUCUCCACGCCCUCCCACGCCACUCCCAGCAACAACACCUGCUUCGUUUGGCCCAGGCACAGCAACUGUUCCUGCAUACACCUCAACAACACCUCCACAACUUGCAAAUAUCACAAUACCACAAUAAUGCACAACCACGACACCACAGCCCGCGGGAAACACGGCAGUACAAUCCACAAUCGUCCGAAGAGCAAAAAUAUAGCCCACAACGAACGCAACAUCAGAAUAACAAGCCAUUGCAACAGCAUAAUCAACAAGGAACACAGAAUUCACAAUCACCGGAGGAACACCAGCAUCCACAAAGCCAGCAUCAGCUUCCAGCAUCACACGAGCGAGAGUUGCAGCUCACAUCACAUCUGCAACAGCCACGAAGGCGGUCAUUGCAAAAUCCAACCCAUAUGCGUUCACAAUCGUGCCAUAUAAAGCAGCAAACGGACCCGAACGCACAGCCGCAGCAACUGCAUCCGGGCGAACAGUCCCCCAAACAGCGUAGCUCGCCAGAGUCGCAAACACGUUCACAGCAACACCUAAAGCAAACACGCUCUCACCAAACACACUCACGAAAAUCCCAACCACACACACAGUCUCCACUCCAACAGACACCACGAUCACAUUCCUCCAAAGAACAGUCGCCACAGACGUUGCUACCGCAAGCAAAUUUCCAAAAGCUGCCUUCGGAAGCGUUGACUGAGCCCCCAGCUUACUCCAACCUAAAUCCUACUGAUUUGUUCUCUUUCAAACCAGAUAAUUAUCACGUGGACUACAGACAAUCGCUUUCAAAAGGAGGCGGCCCUGCCGGCUACAGCACCCUUGGCACCCGACGUCGUCGCCAAACUCCCACGCACUUCGCAACGCUCCAGAGACCUCGGUCAUCCAGGACGCAGACGAAGCAAAACACCAAUAGUAAAUCCCAUGUUCCGGACGAGCCAUGUCCCCCCGAUACCUUCCAGAUGACGCCCUUCCGGUUCGAGAUCGAGGAGACCUUCUGUCCCUCCAGCGGUGUCCCAUCGCAGCAAGAGAACAGUGGGUCUUCAGGCUAUAGCAGCAGUCCACCCCACGACACGGGCCCCAGUGCUCAGGAGCCAGACCAAAGGGCCACAAUUCCUCAGAAUCAAAAAGAUACCGUUGAGGCUAAUAGUCCGAUGGAUAAUCCUCGUGUCUUCGAAGACAUCACUUCGACUAACGCUUCGAAAGGACACAUAGCAGCUUCACGUAUCCAAGCUUCACUGGAACAUGAAGCUGACACACAAGAUACAUCAAGGAAACCUUGCGAACACAACAACACAGCGCCUCAGAACGACAGAUAAACACCACGUAGCAACACAUUAUUUUUUUGCAACGGCAGGCAACAAAAUUUUUGUGUUAUAUGAAUCAAAAAUAUUUUUGUUAACAUUGUUUGCUGGCGCCCCCCUGUGUAUUAUGCACUUAAUUAUAAAAAAUGUGACCUAACUGUGAUAAUAUACACUGACUUGAGUUGCCAAAAAAAUUUUUGCACAAAUUUGAGCAAUCGAAUACAAAAAUUAUGAACACGUGCAGACUUUGUUGACAAGUGUGAAUAUUCUAACCUUCAGUGUGUCAGACCACCAGGCAAGGAAGAGUGUCAUAAAAUGAUAAGAAGUGUGUCAUAAAAUGAUAAGAAGUGUGUCAUAAAAUGAUAAGAAGUGUGUCAUAAAAUGAUAAGAAGUGUGUCAUAAAAUGAUAAGAAGUGUCAUAAAAUGAUAAGUGUGUCAUGAUCAAGGUCAAGAAGUGUGUCAAGAGGAACGUCAAGACCUUCACCAUAUCAUCAGCUAUUAUCUUUAAACAAAGAGUGAACUGACCUUAGAGAAACCAAUCGUGUUUAUUACGUAAAGCUUGGUCCAGUUCUCUUCUUUCCUUGCCCCCGCCGCCCACAAAGCUGUAGGUAUCGCUCUAAGCUCCUACGCUUACUUGGUGUAUAACUCUUCAUAUAUACAUAUAUACAUGUAAGCAUAUAAAAUGUAUAUAGGUGUGUAAAGGAGGAUUGUAUGUGUAAGUUCUUUUGACCUUUUGAGUGAAUAUAUGAGAGGAGUAUUUUGCUGUUCAAGAUUUAA